AUGUUGUCUACUGCAAAAGUAGUCAUACUUCUAUUUUCUGUCGGGAUGACAUUUAAUGCUGGCGUUUUUCGUUACCACCGUGCAGCUCGCAUAGGAGACCCCAUCUACUUCCUCUACUUGGAGGAUAAACUUCAGUGCUUGAGAGCUUGCUACGAAGAAAGUGAAUGUGCAGUUGUGGAACACCGUGAGAACGAAGAGGGCUUGUGUAGGCUGUCCAAACAGGGAGAUAGUGAGACUGUAGAGGGAUUCACAUUUUCACGCGAAGAGACGGAUGCUUCGUGCAAGUUGAUUGAAAUACUCGAUUUCGAUGUUUCCUUUCAAAUGAUCCGGCCUCAAAACAUUGCAAUAACGAAACCGAAGAAAUGCAGCAGCAUGCCGAAUGUCACUGUAUUGCAACCAUAUGACAGGCCGAAAUAUCGCUUCUUCGUUCUAAAUUCCACGAAAGUUCCUGAAAACUGGGUUGCAUCGGAAUUCAGGAUGUUCAAUCUCGACGUAUUACAGAUGUGUUAUGCUAAAGGAGCCGUUUCAGCAGGGUUCGAGCAGGGUCUGUUACUUACUGUGAUUGAGGGCACCAAAGCCAGUGUUCAAGCAAAAAGCAUGAUAUGGGGUCUUAUCUGA